AUGUUCAGAAGAAAAUUGAGGGCGUUGGGUCACCCAUCUGCCGACACUCUUAAUCUGGAGGAUACUAGAGAUCUGAAGGUAUUAGUUUUAUGGCUAGAGGACCAAAAGAUCCGGCACUACAAAAUCGAACAUCGCGCACGUCUGCAUAAUCUCGAAGGAGCUGAGUGGAGGACAACAUUUUUGCAGUACCUCGAAGAUCUGGAGUGUCCGUAUAGUUACGAUGCACAGCCACAGAUUGCAAUUGAUUGGCUGCUAGGUGCGGCCGUACGGUAUGUAUAUGGAGAUAACUGUAGUGGACGCACUGAAUUGAAGUGUGGCCUUGGUUGGGUGAGUGAGUCUUUGGAAAUGUUGGGGAGGCGUGCCGUUGACAUCGAUCCACUAGAUAAAACAUUCGUGACUGGUGUCAAAGCUCUAUCAAAAUUGUUGCAUGUAACAGAUCAUCCAGACCCCAGUGUUCUCUUGGAGUCUAUAAGAAUUGUGAUACAGAAAAAACUGUCUUCGGACACAAAGUAUGGCGUGAGUGAUAAUGAAGCGAAGGCUUCUCCUUUGAAGUUUAGUGUGUCUGCAAAAGAAUGUGGGUUUUACCUUGGUGACCCAGUUUUGAAUGAAGCAGCUAAAGUUCUGAGAUUACUACACAUCAAUGAGUUACGUGAGCUGCAAACAUGUGUCAAUGAAAUAAUAGUGGCAGUGCAAGGAAUCACAGCAGAUCCUAAAACUGACCAAUCUCUUGGUCGUAUAGGAAAGUGA